GCCAUGUCUCCCCCACAUGUGUGACCGUCUGUGUCGCAGGUAAACAGGCUCGACAAGAAACUGUUCCGCUGCUGCUUGGUUCCGAGAUACAAAUAUGGCGUCCGCCGUGCUGAAGGUUGCAGUGGCAGGUCUGUCCAGAUGUUCUCGUCUCACGCUCUUGAGGGCACAUUCAAUGACAGCACCGCUCCAUCAGGGCAUUCCUGGAUCACUGUGGAAGCUGGGAAGGCUGAACCACAUUGCCAUCGCUGUCCCUGACAUGGAGAAGGCCACAGCUCUGUAUCGGGACGUGCUGGGGGCCACAGUGAGUGACAAGGUGCCCUUGCCUGAGCAUGGCGUCUACACAGUGUUUGUGGAGCUCGGCAACACUAAGCUGGAGCUGCUCCAUCCUCUGGGGGAGAAGAGCCCGAUCGCUGGUUUCUUACAGAAGAACAAGUCUGGAGGGAUGCACCACAUUUGUAUUGAGGUCGAUGACAUCAAUGCUGCGAUAGCCGACCUGAAAGCAAAGAACAUCAGAACUCUGUCUGCAGAGCCACAAAUAGGUGCUCAUGGGAAACCAGUGAUGUUUCUUCAUCCGAAAGACUGUGACGGUGUGCUGGUGGAGCUUGAAGAAGCGUGAAUAACUCAGUCUGAUGGGGACUGCGGGAGCUGUUAACCCACAUUCAUAUAUUCUAAAGUCAGUCCGAUUAUCACCAUCAUAACAAAUGUUGAUUUUGUAAUAUUGUUCCUCAUAGCAGUUUUGAUUUUUCAUUUCAGGAAGGUGCCUCAAAGUCGUUUUUUCCAGUUCUGCCUCGAUGCUGUUCUUGCUGUGAAUAGAUUAUAGUGUGGUGUGUGUUUUGACAGUUUUCAUAAAGUAUAAUUGAAAUUAAUGUUCAAUGAAUGUCCAUUCACAUUUGACUUAGGAGUUUAACUUCACUCCACUAUCCCACAACACAUCUGUAGUAGGAUGACAUUACAAUUAGUAUCCAGCACGUGCUGCAGGAAGAAACUGAUUUAUACACAUUUUUGAAACAUUUUGAACCAUAACAUGAUACAAUUUCUUUUUACAUGAUCUACAACUCUUAAAACACUGUUUUAAUUUCACUAUAUUGAUGCAGAUUCCAAAAUAUAAAGAGCAAAAUUGAACAAAAAAAGAUGACUUUUUUUAUUUUUGUUUUUUAAACAUGUAUAAGCUAAGUUUCCAAAUAGGAUGGCACCCUUUUGAUUCCAAAAAGGUAUAUAAAAAACUUAUUUUUAGGUGAAGCCCAAAUAGGAGACAUACUAAGGUUCAGUAUUUGUUUAGGAGAGCAGUACAGUAAAGUCGAGAGAAAUACAAAAUAGAGAAACACAAAAUUAUUUUUUUCUGCAGGUGACAUUCAAUGAAGGUCUAGACAUUGUCCUGAAUAUUAAAAAAAACUUCAGUUUUUC